GGAUCCGCUACCCCGGCACUAAAGCUAACAAGGCUGGACUCCAGGCUAGAGUCAACCACCUUGGAAGAAAAUAACAUGGCGGGGUUGCGUUUUCUCCUCCUGGCCCUCUCGGCGGUGGUGGUUGUUGUUGACGGGCAGAGAUUCGGGAAGUUCUCGGAAGGAAAGUGCCCGGACCUUCCCGUGAAGGCAAACUUUAGUCUGGAGAGUUACAUGGGACGUUGGUACGAGAUCGCACGCUUCCCGGUCGCGUUUGAACGGAGCUUGAAGUGUUCUGAAGCCUGGUACUACCUGCACAGACAUGGCGGCAUCAAGGUUUUUACCAAAGGCAUAGACAGCCAUGGCCGGGUGAGCAAGGCUGUGUACCGGGCCCACGUACCGGAUCCUGAAGUGCCUGCGAAGCUGUCCGUCGGAUUCUCCCGUUUCUGGCCGAAGGGCCCGUACUGGGUCCUGGACACGGACUACAGCGGCUAUGCGGUGGUCUGGUCAUGUAUCAACAUCGUCUGGGGCUUGUUUAAAGUCGAGAUGGCCUGGAUUCUGGGCAGGGAGCGGACACUAGAUGAGGACGUUAUGAAGGAUAUUGUGUACGAGGUGACAGAGAUGGGAAUCGACGCCGCCUUGUUCCGUAUGACAGACCAGACCGACUGUCCAGGACCCCCUACAACAACAGUCGUACCUCUCUCUAACAUCACCACACCACUGCCGUCUAACAGUACAACUAACGUUACAACACCACCUCCUACUAAUACAACCACCCCAGUGCCGUCUAACACGACAACUAAGACAACUAAAGCACCGCCUACCAAUACAACCACCCCAGUGCCGUCUAACACUACAACUAAAGCACCGCCUACUAAUACAACCACCCCAGUGCCGUCUAACACUACAACUAAAGCACCGCCUACUAAUACAACCACCCCAGUGCCGUCUAACACUACAACUAAAGCACCGCCUACUAAUACAACCACCCCACUUCCGUCUAACACUACAACCACUGUUACACCACUGCCUCCUACUAAUACAACCACUCCACUGCCAAUACAACCAACCACAGUGCCGUCUAAUACAACAACUAACGUCACAGAGAUACCCCCUUCCAAUGUUACCACUCCAUUUCCAGCCAACAUUACGACUAACAUUACCGAAAUGCCACCCGACUUCAACACCACUACUCCUCCUAACACCACUACUGCCAAGAACGCUCAUCCUUGCCGCCGUAAGAAGAACAAGAAGAGGAAGAACUGUUCUCCGUCGUCCAGGAAAAUUAAGAAUAAGUUUCGGAAGAACAAGCGUCCGUAUCAUGAGUGA